UAUUUCCGAAUGCACCCUAAUCGCGUAAUCGUGUAUAAAGCAUAUAAACAUUAUCAGUUAUCAUCAUAUUCACCGCUUAUCAUUGUGUCAGUCUCGCGAAAUGAGAUUUUUGCCCGCCUCCUUGUCAUGACAACGGAUGCGAGCAAGGAUGUCGAGGAAGCACGAGAGUAAAGCUAACAUUGACUACAAGGCGCGGCUCGAGUACAAAUUGUAUUUGGCCAGAGAAAAUCCAGAGCCAACAUUUGACGUGUCGGAAUGUGCCUUGAAGCAUGUGCCAUCGGGUAUCUAUUCACUCUGCAAGGUGUUUCGGAAAGAAAUCUUACUAAUGUACGACAACAAGCUGAGCUCACUCUCGGGCGGAGGUGCCUUAAGUGACUUGUCGCUGCUGACUGUUUUAGAUAUUCAUGGGAACGAGUUUACAACAUUACCCUCCGAUAUUAUGUGUCUCUCUUCUCUCAAGGAGCUCUAUUUGCAAGAUAACAGCCUUCGCAAACUGCCCAAUGAGAUAAUGUACUUGAGUAAAUUAACAAUUUUGAAUGUCUCGAGGAACAACCUGAAACAAAUGCCUAAUGGCAUCGGGCAAUUGCAAAAACAACUCACCACUCUUAAUAUUAGCCAUAAUAAAUCAUUGCAAAAACUGCCUGUAUCCCUGGGCUAUGCUCAGCAAUUGACAAAUCUAAAUAUUGAUGGUUUGAAACUAUCGUAUCCACCUCAAGAUAUCUUAGACGGUGGCACGAUAGUGAUUAUUGCAUUUUUGGCGAACGAAAAUGGAAUCGACUACUCGCCCGAAACUUCGAUAUCAGAGAACGAUAUUUCGAGGGAUAUAAGCUCAGAUGACAUGCAAACAAUACAUCACAAUAAGAGUAUAUAUAUAUAUGCAACAUUACAGAAACUAGACAAAAUGAAGGAACAUCGGCAAAAUGCCUUGUUGGAAGUGGAGAGAAACAUAAAACAGCAGCAAGAAUAUGAAAUGGAAGUGCAAUCCAUGCUGAAAGUUCAUAAAAAGAAGCUUCUGAAGGAUCUAGCAUUACAACAGAUACAACUGGAACAAGAACUUGAGAAAGUGCAGCAAGAAAGAGACACAAAUAGAGCGCGUUUGCUUUCAUACGUUUAUAAUGCUGAAAAAGAAGCUGAUAAUGUAAUUAAAGAAUUUCUAAGAAAUAGUGAAGAAGAAAAGCAAAGUCAAGCUGAAUUAUUGGAACGGGAGAAGCAGGAAGAAAUGCAAUUGUUAAGCUCUUGCCACUCAGAACAGUCCAUGCUACGUAUGAAGGAUACUCUUUUUGCAAUGGAGAAAUUGUUGGAAGAAGAAAUGUGCAAAGCGAGGAAACUGGAAGAGCAUACUAAAUAUAGAGAUUACACAACGCAAUCCUUGCUUACAAUGGAGGUAAGGAACAACGACCAUUUGGCGCAGAUAGUGCAAGAUCAAGAAAAAAGUAGGCAAGAUCUCAUUGAUAGAUUGCGACAGGACGAAGUUUUACAGAAAGCGGCAGUCGCUGCGUUAUUAGAACGCAGUGAUGCGCGUACCUGGAGCAUUGUUCAGCAAGUGAAUCUAGUCCAGUCGCAAUUGGCCGCGCUCACAAACAUCGAGUUCGAAAGAAGGAAAUUGGAGAUCAACCAGCAGCUUAAUGAGAUCGCUGAUAGACGCGUGGCUCUAACAGCUAUUCUGAUUGACUUAUUGGAACAGCAAAAGAACAGGAGAGACCAACUAUUGGAAACAAUUAAUACGAUAGAGCAGCAGCGAUGCAUCUCCAAUGCGAGGCGAGGCAGUUUGUUCUGGCUAAUGCAGUAUCAGUCUCUAAUGGAAGCACGACCACAAGGAUUACUGGAGAUGUUGGAACCUAUGCUAGUUCGACAUGUAGCGAUAGCAGAAGCUUUGCACUGCCUUCCAUUUCUGGCCACAUUGCCGUCUUUGUUACCAAACAUUAGCGAUGAACAAUUAAAAGAUAUGGGCAUAAGUUGCGAUAGAGAUCGUGCUGCUAUAAUGCUAGCAGUUGAAAAUUAUCUGACAGAAAUGAAACUAAAUGAAUCCACAUCGCCCAUAAUGCCUUCCGCGCCUCUCGAAGAAGCGUCGACCAGCAAUCAGAACUGCAAUUUUGUUCAGAAUAUGAUGGAAUGCGUAAUUUGCUUCGAUUUGCAAUGUGAUGUCAUUUUUCUACCUUGUGGACAUCUCUGCUGUUGCUCUACUUGUGCGGACAAAGUUUUUGCAGGAUGUCCAAUGUGCAGGAGUCCAAUAGAACGCAAAGUUCGAGUCGUGCAGCCUUAAAUUCAAUUUUAUUCAGUUUAUUCCCGAAUUCAAUUUGAUGUUCUUCAAAGGUAUGAAAAUAAUGCGCCAUUCUUUCUCGACUGUGAUUACACACACGCGCACGCGAACGAAAUGUUUCGAUAAUAGCUAUUUAUAAUGCGCACAAUUAUAUUUACCAUUGGUAAUAUAAUGCUCAUGUUAAUGUCGAUUCCAUAUAUACAUGGCAUCCCAUUUUAUUGGAAGCAGCAGCAUGAGACCUCAAGUUAACAAAAUAUGUAGCUGUUACCAAUAAAAUGAAAUACUUGGUAUGUGUAUAUAUAUAUAGAAAAUAUACCAAUAUUAUAUAUGACUAAAAAUUAUUGAGUUCCUUUUUUUUCUUUUUUUUUUUUUCUUUAAAAAAAGUAUUUAAUAUUUUAAAAAUGUAUUUAAAAAAAAAGAAAAAAUUUAGUGUUUUUAAAAAAUUACCUAGAUAUAUCAAAUUUUAAAAUUGGAAAUACAGAGAAAAAAAUUAAAAAUUAAAACUAUUUAAAGCUGCAGAUUAGACAUAUUUCGCAUUCAUAUAAUACCUGACAUUUUACAUACUAUAAUUAUUAUAUAUAAAUUGCGAACAUAUCCUUGUAGUCUACAGAAUAUAUAAAAAAUUAGAAAUAUAUAUUUGAGAGAGAGCGAUGAUGAAGUAUAAAAUUUGUUAAUAAUGGAGUGCAAGAAAAGAAAUGAAAAACCAGAGUAUAUAACAAGCUUUGAUAAUAACUAAUUUUUACGACGAAAUUUUUAUAUAAAUGUGUGAUUAUUUCUAUGUGGGAACAGUUUUAAAUCAAUACAAUUUGAAUUUCACUUUUUUAUGCAAAUAUUAACAUUGUCAACACAAUUUUGGUCUUGAAAAAAAUUCCUGUUAAAUAAUAUAAUAAAAUUCGUUUGU